GCUGUGUAGUCCGAUCUGCAAGAAGCAAGGUCUGAUUUUUAAGACUGGGUGGCAGCAGGGAGAGGACAAGGGAAGCAUUUUGAUGGUCUUAGAGGAUCUGAUCCUGCAAGCACUCUGUGCAUCAGCCCUUCAAGAUACCAAAAGAGAGGCAAAAUCCAACCAACCAGCCAGCAUGGAAAAUGGGGGCUUUGCCAAUGUCUAUGAAAAUGUAGAGAACACUGGCCUCUAUGAGAUUCCUGAUUCAGAGGCGGCAAAAGAGGAGAAUCCUGAUUCAGAGGAGGCAAAAGAGGAGAUUCCUGAUUCAGAGGAGGCAAAAGAGGAUCAUCUUUAUGAGCAAGUCCAUGAAGACCCAGCAUCUCCUUCUUCCACCACCACUCCAGAAAGCAUGGACAUCAGCUGUCAAGAGAGCCCAGGACACAGCCGCAGUAAUUCUGUGUCAUCUCAGCAAGGAGCUGAUGGGGAGGAUGGUUCAGCUUCCUCUCAGCAAGGGGCUGAAGAGGACCAGCAUCGCCAGGAAGAGAUGGAGAUGAUAAGCCCAAGGCCCAGUGAUGAACGUGUAGAGAGGAUGGUGUUUGGAAAUAAUAUCCCAUCUCCUACUGGAUUCAGUCUUCGUAAGAGCCCGGGUACUUCCCCCACCUUCCCAACUUCCACCAGAUUUCCAGCUAACAACAACUUGGGAGAAACUGACAACUUUCAGAAGGAGUGUGAAAUUUUCCUCUUUGUUAAGGCUGGUGUAGAUGGAGAGAGUAUUGGGAACUGUCCUUUUUCACAGCGUCUCUUCAUGAUCCUCUGGCUCAAAGGGGUUGUGUUUAAUGUCACCACAGUUGACCUGAAAAGAAAGCCAGCUGAUCUACACAAUUUGGCCCCUGGGACCCACCCCCCGUUCUUGACUUUUAAUGGGGAGGUCAAGACCGACAUCAACAAAAUUGAGGAGUUCCUGGAGGAGAUGCUUGCACCACCAAAGUACCCCAAGUUGGCUGCUGUACAUCGUGAAUCAAACACCGCAGGGAUAAAUAUCUUCUCAAAAUUCUCUGCAUACAUUAAAAACACCAACCAGCAGGACAACGCCGGCCUUGAGAGAGGUUUGACAAAGGCUUUAAAGAAGCUGGACGACUAUCUGAACACCCCUCUCCCUGAAGAAAUCGAUGCAGACAGCACUGAAGAGGAGAAAGUGUCUAAACGCAAGUUUCUGGACGGGGAUGAGCUGACGCUUGCUGAUUGCAACCUUCUGCCCAAACUUCAUGUUGUUAAGAUUGUAGCUAAGAAAUACCGCAACUAUGAGUUCCCAACAGAGAUGACGGGGCUAUGGCGAUAUCUGAAGAAUGCUUAUGCCAGGGAUGAAUUCACCAACACUUGUGCUGCGGACAAAGAAAUUGAGCAAGCUUAUGCAGAUGUGGCCAAGCGGCUCAGCAAUUCCUAACUGACAUCAGCAAGGGCUCAGUAUCCCCAGUUCACAGACCCCUCUCCUUGUUGCCUUAGGAUAUAUUCUUCAUCCUGUUUCUGGUUGGUGUUCCCAUGACUUCAGCUGUUAAAGUGUAUUGGUCAGGGCCAAAUCUGCCUCUCCCUAGAGAAAACAUAAGGCAACAGCAGAGGGGUAAAAAAACCCUCUGGAAUCUGAACCCAAGAGCUGGAGCAAGUAUUAUUAUUGGCAAUUAUCAGUAUUUUGAAACUAUUCAUCUAUUUUUUUUUUAAUAUCAGCCACCUAUUUUAUUGGGAACUUUAAAAAAUAGGAUAUUUAGCUGAAAAUUUCAAGUAGAUGGAUUAGGAAUGUACAGAACUGGUUCUUCUCUGGUCCUUUUCAAGGACACUUUUUUCUGAUGUGAUCUAUCCAAAAUAACACUGCUAGUGGGAACCUUGAGGUAGUAGGAAUGAGGUGUGUAUGAAAGCAAAAAGAGUUUGACCCUAAGGGAGAAAUUUUCUUAGCAGGUAUAUAUUCAGAAACCUCUGUUUUAAUGGGGCUGGAAGAGGUUAUAAUAUGAGCAUUAGUGAGGAAAGCAUCAGUGAACAUGUCAAACUUGCAGAUGCUGCUUGGCAUAUGUUUUGCAUAUUUCCAUUUCACCCAAAUCAUACAAGGAAAAGAGAAUGAGAGAUAAACUGGGCAGUUCUUGGAACAGCAGUGCUGAUACCCAAAAGCCCACUGACUCUAUGGGGGGACGUACUCAGAUGCUGUAGUAAUAGGGGCUAUAUAAUUAGCCCGUUACAUAUAAAGAAUCCUCACAGUAGCUGACUCAUUUUAGAUAUUCUCACCUUAACUCUAUAUUUGCCAGCUUAUUUAGAUGGGAGCCCGUGGUGGGAGUGGAAAUCUGUUGCCUCGUUUGAACAGCAGAUUGGGGAGAAAUACCCAAUUUUGAGCUUUUGAAAUUGAUCACCUUUCAAAGUUCAUCUCCCAUUCUAGAGAUCAGGUUGGCCUGAAAACUUUAAGGAGGAUGAGCUAGAAGGGAGACCCGAAGCAGAGAAACUCCCACCCUAGCCAGAAGGUUGGCAAGCAUACCAGCACAAACGCACAAUGGCUUUUUCCCAGUCGUUUCCUGUUUCAUAUCACUGCUGUUUAAAUGACCCUUCUGACUGUGCACUAGGGUUGGUUUCCGAAGCAAUUAGUUUGUGCUAUGGGCAGCCAUUUUAUGAACAGAUCUGCUUAGUACUGAUCACUUUAUUGGUGAAUUACUUUAAGAAAUUAAGAGCAACAAUUCUUUUGUAUGAAAUAUAAAAGAUUGAGCUGACUUAGCUAGCUAUAUAUCAGGGAGAGGAAGGCUCCCAAUCUUCAUCAAAUCUGGAGAUGUAUAGUUAUUUGAAAAGAUAAAAUAAAAUUGAACUCUAGCACUCCUUUGCUCCACUCCUGAUUAGACCUCUGCUCCUGUAUGAAACCACAGUGACCUCAGUGAGACUCCAUACUGGCAAACCCUUAAAUGAGGGAACCCAGGAUCAGGCCCUUGUUUGCAAUUAGAAAGCUAAUGGAUUGGAGGCAACUUAUAAGGCCAGAAUCUGCUCUGUUACACAGAUGUAGAUCUAGAGUAAUUCCAGUGACUUUGGCGCAGUUACUCUGCAUUCACAGCAGCGCAGCUGAGAACAGAAUUUUGCUCAUCGAAUGAUGACAUUUAUGGCUGACUGCUGUAUUGCACAGAGCAGUCAAUUUGUUCUGAACUUUCAAAAACCUUGGAAGAAAGUCCAUGAGCUCCCUAGUCUUCCCUCAGACCUCAGAAUGGGCUAUAUAAACAAGCAAAGGCUCAUACUCUUUACAAUGUUGCUGAGAAAUUAACUGACUCUGAGAGCACGAGUAACAGCCAGCAAAAUACAAUGAGAUUAGAAGAGUCUGCACAUGCACAUGUGGUUUAUUAAAAAUGUGUCUUCAUAACAUAACCAGAUUGGAAUUAUUUGUAUAUUUUUUUAAAAAAAUGAAGAUAUUUAAUUAUUUUGAUUGAUUAAAUUCUUUCUUUCUUUCUUCUCAACAUAUUGGUUGAGCUGACUCACCCUGUAAGAUGUUAUAACCAAGGCUCUGAAAAUUUAGUUUGUUAUGAACAGUGGUUUUCUGUGUCUGAUUAAUGGCCAUUUUGGAUUUUUUUUUCACUAUGGCUUGGCUAUCAGAACUCCAGCUGACCAAGACUACACUUUUCUCAAUCAUCAUUCAACAGGGUUUUUUUUAAUCAGAGGCUUUGUCUAAUCAGAGUUAUGUGUGAACUGUGAAUAAAGAAGUAGAAAGAGGAUGCAGCUAGCUGUUCUGUGCAUAUUUUACUUGGCUCCUUUAAGAAGUUCACAGAAACGGACAGUAGGUCUCAGGCAGGAUUAGGUGAACCAGUUCAAGAGAUAUACCAAUUUCUGCUUUUCCUAUGUGAACUUUGAUCCAUUUCCUGAAUCAAAUUUGAACAAAACCUCUUAAGAUUCUGAAAUGUUCUAAUACAGUUUGCUUUCAUUUUAAUUAAAAACAGCUCCAUGCCAAAACCACUAGAUCUGAACACCCUCAAAGUAGAGCUGGUUUUAAAAUUUUCCUACUAAAAUUUUGUUGGUUGUUUUUGUUUUUUUUAGUGGAAAAUGGCUUUUCAAUGCAAUGGACAUCUUUAUGAGAAAAUUUCUAUAGUCUCUGAAUAUUUUUGAGAUGUUGUUAUAAGAAUUCAAAAUCCCCAAACCACAAUUUGUUUCGGUUUUCAGCAACUAAAAGACUACAUUUUAUUUAUUUAGGUUAGUUUUGGUUUUUCAACGUUAAUGUGAAAAAUCAAAAUCAGUUAAAAUGGGAAAAAUGUUUUCAAUCACAAUUUUUCACACAGAAAUUUAAAAAAAACCCACCUACCUUCUGAGUAGCUUUAUGUCAAAUUUUGUAGGAGAUUCAAAUCUGGAUCUGGAUCCUAAUUUUGCACCUCAUCCCUACCUCAGUAAUGGGAUGAUCCAAAACUCUGGAUCCAAACCCUCCUGAACUUUGAGUGAGUUUGAAAUUCAGACCCUUGUUCUCAAGUCUAAUUUUCACACAUCUUUGUGCUUCUCAGCUCAAAAUAUGACCAGUAAAAGGAAGUACCAGAAAUCCAUAUAGAAAAUUGUGCUGUUUGGAUUUCCAGCCCCUUUCUCUAGACCCAGAAGGUUCAGAUAAGCUUCUUUUUACCAUCACCAGUGAGAUUUUAAAGAGCUCCAGAACUUCUCUACUCAAGGCCUUUUUGUGGCUUUCCAUUGUAUUUAGAAUUUUAAGUAGUAUGUGUUAAUCCUGCAGGAGAUUGUUUAUCUACAUUGGCAAAGCAACAUUUCUGAAAAGAAUCUAAGUGACAAGACAGACAGAACAGAUUUACAAUAACUUUGUUCAUAAAUUUCUUGAAAGAUGUAAAGAGAGACAUAGUGCAGAGGGGGAAGAAGCCAACAAUAUGGAUUUAAUCAUCUACAUUUCAGAAAUGCAGACCAAAUGUCUGUAAAGAUGUCCAUUUCAUCCAAACAUUUCUUAGGUAUUUGUUUCAAAGAUAUUAGUUCACUCAGUCCAAUGCUCCAUUCAUAUUUGGAACCCAUGUCGAUUCCGCUUUAAUUUUGGGGCUGCUAGGAGAACUCAUACGUUAGUAAUACUCUGAUUUUCUGUUAGGAUAUUUGAGAUGCUGAUAAGCCGCCUUAGCUGUAAAGGUGAGAGGACUAAGGAAGUAUCUGUUUCUAUGACACUUAAAAUAGGAAUCAUGACAAACACCUGCCCUCUCCAAGGAAAGAAAUCUUCAAAGAAUGUUGCUUUCCCAUUGGAAUGCAGCUCCAAGAUAUAUUUUGCUGCAUAUAUGGCUACUGGAUGUCAUGUUUAGAUCAGCUUACAGGUUCACUGGCAGGGAGAAAUGGCAUGCACAUAUCAGAAGGAAGUUAGCUAAAGGAACUGAGGAAAGGAGAGCAGCCACUUUUCUGUUCUGGAACGUGAGGCUGACCAUGCACUUUGUGUAGUAACAGUUCCCGUGAGCCACUUGUUAACCUUCAUACCUUUUGCUACCUAUCUCUCCCUGUCUCAGCCCAGGUUCAGCAUUUCUUUCCUCCUUUAUUUUCCGUACCACAUAACAAAACAUGAGAAAAAUAGGGACAUAAGCUCAGAUCCCCAAAGGUAUGUAGGGCUCUUACUUCCAUUAAAAUCAAUGGAAGUUAGGAAACUAAAUACUUUUGAGGUUCUGGACUACAGGCACUAGAGAAACAAUAGACCUGGCUCUCAACCUCAGUUUGGUCAUGACUUCUCUGCCUUUCCCAUAUUGCUAGAUGAGAGGGAGUCACAGAUAGACCCCAGCUGUAUGGGAGAGAGGUUUGGGGGGUUAUAGUAUGGAAAAGAGGGUAAGAAAAAAGUUGAGAACCUAGUUUUAGCGCAUACUGUCCAUCUCCUGUCUCCUGAUACAGGCCAUGCCAUCUUUUAAACUGAUAGGACUCAUUGGUCCAGAGGCCAGUUAUUGCAACAGAGCUUCUCUUAUCCCUCAUCAUCCCAACAUUGCAGUGGAAGCCAGAGCCUGAAAUGGGUGUCAGCCUCCUUGCUGCUGGGGCAGAUAGUUGGUGGGUGGAUUUAUUGGCUUACUGAAAAAUUAGGUAGAAUAAAGCCAGCAGUACCAGAGAGUGAUUUUACAGCCCGGUUAAGCCCCUGCAGCCGAUAAAAACUUUCUCUUUUUAAAAUGAGUUGAACAUUUUAAGAAAAGAAAUGAACUCCUCCAUUCUCUUUAUAGAUUUUUUGUUUAGGCAUUGGGAAGUUUGAAUUUGUUUAUUAUUCCUCUCCACAUCGUCAUCCUUCAUGAUAUAUUUUUGAUGUAAGAUUUUUUUUUCUAGCAGAUUUUUUCCCUUUGCCACAUCUUUUAUCUAUUCCUUAAUGCUCACAUCUGUGAUGAGCUUGCGAUGCCAGAAGAGACAGGGAAGGCAGCUGCUUGUUGAGUAGCUGAAGGAGCUAAUUAAUUUUUAGAGAAAUUUAGUAUUAAAGCCUAUUUAUUUUUUUUAAAAUCCAUAUGUAUUUCUUUUAAUGUGGUAUCCUAGAGAUAUUGUAACCAUGAGCACUCUUCAAUGGGCUAGACUGUGACAGCACUGAGCAAGGAACGGUGCAUAAAUUAGUCCAUCCUAGGAGUAGUACCAGGAGUCACUGUGACCGGAAGACACCCUCUGAAUCACAGUCAUUCCUUUGUGUCUUUGUUCCAACAGGAUAGUAAUUUACUACUGGCCUAUACCAGCAGCAAAGUAUGACACCCCACCCAUGCUGUGAUGGCCAGUUCUUCUUCAUAGCAUAUGUGCAAUGCGCCGCAUGUGGCACGUGACUAGGGUUCAUUACCACAUUUAGUCUGCUGGUUGGUACAUUAGCUUCCCCGGCCCAGGCCGGGUAUUGAUGGGAGCGCAAUGUGAAUGGAAAAGGCUGAAGCCAAUCCUCUGCUCAUUCCCUGCCUCUCACCAGCUCAGGGAAAAUCAGAAGCAGGCAUGUGUGGGAGAUUUUUUUUAACUAUGCAACAAGUAUUGUAUGAACUCAGUGGCCUUUCUAAGACUUGGGAUUUCGGGCAGCCAGGAAUUCCUCUCUGGCAAUAAGACAGGACCUAAAUCAUUCCCCCCGUCCCCUUAUUGCAGAAGUUUAAAAAUUUUAAACACUGAAGACAAUAAUACACUUGGAAAAAAGUGCAUUUUUUGAGCUGCACCUCAUCACCCCCGAACUAUGACACUAUCAUUAGUUCAGCAAACUCCGCCACCAAAUAGACACUUCUAUUAUGUGAUGUCUCUGGCAGGGUGGCUGUGCUCUUCUAUGAAGUGUCUACUCAAAGGCACUCCAUUGGCUAUGCUCCAGAUACAAAGAGAGAGAGAGAAGCAGGCAGAGGUUGCAGUGCCCCUAUUCUUGAGCCCAAUUCCCUAGCCAUGGUAUAAUAGACUUUAGUGCACGUUGCUCCUAGGACUAGAAUACCACAAAAGUCCCUGUCCAGCAAAACAUUUAAACACAUUUUUAGCUUUAAGCAUGAGAGUAAGGACUUCUCGUGUGUUCUAGUGCUUGGCUGGACAAGGACCACCCACAUUAGAGAAAUCUAUACAGAUAAAGAGCACAAAUUCUGUUUCCUUUGACAUCCAAUGGGCAGAAUUUUUCAGAGAGUUUGGAGCAACCCCUCAGAGGUAUUUGGGUGCCCAGCUCCCAUCUGGGCCUUCGUCUUUGGAGAAUAAUGAAUAUUUGAAGAAAACAAAUAGCAGUGAUACACGGUUUUCAGUAAAGUGCUAAGCACAACAAGGGGCCAAAUUCUGCUUUUGGUGUAAAUGGAGAAACUCAGUGACUCCGUUAGAAAUUAUUCUACAUGGUGGACUAGGCUGUGCUGCCAUAGUCUAAUAUCAUUGCCUAUGAUUCAGUGGGAUGCAUGGACUAGAGAACUACAUGCUUUUUGGUGGUACCUAACAGUAUAACCAUGCCCCCAUUGUGUCUGUCUCACUCUUUUUAUGAAGCGGCAUGUUUAAAAGAAAACUAGGUAGGGUGUUGUUUUUAGAGGAGGAGAAGCAAUCCAGUCAUGCUUUAAUGGUUCUCAGCAUUGCUUCUGUCAAUUAGCACCUCAGGGUGGAAGCUGGUGGCAGAAGACUGCCUGAGGUUAAAACAUGGAAGCAGCAAAGUUUGGGUGUUGCUUGCAGAGGGUACUACAGGGACCCCCUGAAAGCUUUUCAUGCUGUAGAACACUAGCACCAGUGAAUAGCCUUCAACGCCCAAAGAACCAUUUCAGUUGGAAAUGUCAUAUCAGUGUAGAUACUGCAUUGUUACUGGAUGGCUUUUGUUGCUUCUGAACCAUCCCUGUAGAACCACAGACUGUAAAGAAGCUGUGAAAUGACUUCUGGCACCAAAUUAAUCCCUUUUUGCACUCUAUUGCACUGCUUUUUGGAAACAAGUCAUAAUUAAAUGGCAUUUACAAAUAGCCAAUUUCUGUACCUUUUUUAUUGAUUCAUUAAAAAAAAAAAUACAACCAGACCAUUCAUCGCCUGUUAGGAAAUGUGAGUUUCUCCACAGCUUUUUGAGACUCUAAUAAGUAAGCCACAAUGACACAAUGGAGAGCUAUGUGAUUCUAAAUAUUGUGAUUCCAAUUUGUAAGAUUAGAGUUAGGGCUAAAUUAACAAAUAUUCUGGGCGGGAUUAUAGUCUGGUUGUUGGAACAGGGCUCCUAGAAGUGUGCUCCACUCCCAACUCUUCUGAUGUUUGCUGAGAGUCCUUGAGCAAGACACUUCAGCUCCCUGGGCUAGAUACUUUACUUACACUGAGUAGCACAUUCCUCCAUAAAUGGUCUCAUCAACUUUAAUGAGACUAUUUAUGGAGUCAGAUUCUAUUCAUUGUGAAUAAGGGCAUCAAAGUCUGGACCUCUAUUUACCCAUCUGCAAUGUGGAUAUAAUCUGUCCCCACCUUCGAGCAGUGUGGUGAGGUUUAACUGAUUAAUGUUGCAAAGUGCUGUGAGAUUCUUGGAUGGAAGAUAGUGUCAUAAAGUGAAGUUCGUGUGAAUCACUGACAGUGGUACUGGAUAUCAGUUAAGGUCCUGAUCAUACUCUCAUUGAUUUAAAUGGGGAUUUUACCAUUUACUUCAGUGAGAACAGGAUCUGGACUUCAGUAGCCAAGAUAAGUUAGUAAUCUCUUGGGGCAACAGAGGAAUGGGGCUGCAUCCUGACCUCUUUCAAGUAUGUUAACCUGCUCCUGGGAGAAUUUCCAGCACUCCUCAUUGGAGACUGCUGUGAAACCCCUGCCACCGCAUCACAUGAUAAAAUGGGGUUCAGAAAUCACCUGAUGUGGACUGUCUAGCAGUGAGUCAGACCCAUUGGCCUAAACUACAGCCACUAAAUUGGUCUGACAUCAGUAACCACAACGUAAGAGUACGGCCUCUGAAGCGAUUCAAACCAGUGUCUUUGUCGCCAGUCGUUUUCUAUUUAUAACAACAACAACACAGAUCCACUUACUAAUCACAAUCAAGCACAACAGGCGCAUGCAUUGUUCUGCCUCAGUCUCAUUUCUCGUGCGGGUGAAUUAAAGCAUUCAGCCUUUGGCCUCUUGCCUCACACCACACACACCCAAGGCGGGCAAUUAUGGCAUAACAAUGCGCACCCUGUUGUGUCUGAAUGCAUAAAGUCAGUUGCACUCCAGCACUAACCUCCUGCUAAAUGGAUUUAAAAUGUUCCCCUAAGUGCUGAGUCGCCACCCUCCCUAACUUGUUCUUGCCAAUGUCAUUUUGUGUCUAAGUCUUUGGUUUCGAAUGAGUGAGAGCUCAUGGCAUUGUUUAAUGUUGGCAACGGCUGGGCAUUGCUGGCAAUAAAAAGAAAGGGAAAAGUCUUUCCCAGUGAAAAAUCAA